GCAGAAGGUCAAGUAUUUGCUUUAUCACUGAACAGGCAGGUAUAAGAGCACCUUGACUAGAAGAAACUGGAAGCCGCUCAGACUUGAAACAACUUUUUACAGAGAAGACUGCAUGUGAAGAAUUAGGGCUCCAGUCAAUUCUCCAUAACUUUGAUGAUGUGGGAAACUGGUGAAGGAAAACCCAUUUAAAGCGGAGAGUAGCAUCAUACAGAGGGAUUUAUAAUGUCAGUCAAGCUUUCCAAGAGGCUGAGCAGCAAGAAAAUAAAACUUCCAAAGGACAAUGUCCAGGGAGAGAUUCUACAGAAACUUGGCCUGGAGGCCUACAUUUCAGCACCACUGGAUUCAGUCUCUAUGCUAGAUAUCAGUACAUGGACUCUGGAGGACAAGGCCCCUUUACAGCUCAAAGAUUUGCCACUUGCUUUCCUCCAACGCCUUUGGUUGCUAAGGCAAGAUGCCCGGAGUCCUUGUUGCCAUCCUCAACAUGACAUUCCCAAAGAUGAUAAUAAAUCACCUGAGGAAAAGAUUAAUGGUGUUGAAGACAAAACCCAAUGUGCCAUAAACUCCCUUGAUCUGGUGACAUCUGUCUUUAUAUCUGCUAAUACUUUUCUUCAGCAGGAGAUUAUGGUACACAUGAUGCAAUGCCAGUUUGCUGUGCCUUUGGUCCUUCCAAACAUUGACCCUGAAGAACCUAGUCGUUUUCUUCUUUGGCCUUUAAGAGGCGUGUUGGGUCAAUGGAGGUCUCAUUCUCAGGAUCAAAACAGGAGAGUUCAAGAGGGCAAUUUGGCAAGCACGUCCAUGCCGAUUGUUUCAUGUAUAAAACUGGGUCGUUGUGGUGUUUCCAAGUCACGAGUGCUAAACUACGUUCUGAAUGGACCACAAUCUCAUAGUGAAACAUUUGUCCACAGGGGCAUGGAUGGAGGUGAGCUGCCACGAAGACUAUCCAAUGGCCUAGUAGAGUUAGGAUGGUAUCUACCCACUGGAGAAAUUAACAGAGAUAUUUUCCCCUUCCCUAUGAUCAUCUCUAAUCUACGUGGGGAUUCCAGCACACACGAGAAAAGCCUCAAGCUUCUGUGUCAAGCAUCCUCUGCUGUGAUUGUUUUCUGUGGGGACCUUAGGGAGAAAGAAAAGCAUCUUCUUUUGUCCUGCAAAGAUAUAGCAAGCAUGCUCAUACUGAUUGACCUCUCAGACAAAGAGAGAAAAGAGAGCAGUGUUGUGGGAUUUGUUGAGCAGAACCUCAAAGAAUGCAUAGGGCUUCCCGAAGGGUCUGUGCUUUCAGGAAGCACUUUAAGUGAAGAGGAAGUGGCAAAUAAGUUAGGUGAAAUCUUGAAAGGUUUGCUACCAGAUCAGCUAAAAAGUGUGACGCUUGAGGCAGCAGCAAAAUUAGCAUUAGAAAUAGGCCUCAGUGUGGAUGAAGGCCCAGAAUGUAAGAAGGCAAUGUCCAAAGUGGAAGAAGUAUUGAAAGGUUUAGGUGAGGGACCAGCCAAAUUUCAGAUGAAUCAGCUCCCUCUGCAGGGGCCUUUGUGGAGCAAACUGGCUGAAAUAGAUAAAGAGGAGAGUAAACAAAAAAAGGAAGGACAAGAAGUUGACCCCCAACUGCAAAAAGAAAAGAAAGACAUCCUGGCCCAGUUGAGCAGCUACAAAAUGACUCCUGCAAUGAAGAGUUUCACUGAUGCGCUUUUUACAACAGAUAAAAUAGAGAGGACUUAUUUUCUUACUUGGCUCAAAAUGAGGCUUCACCAGAUGCAAACUAAAACACAAAACAGUUUGCAAGAAUCAAUCACUAUGCUGCAGACAGAAGAGGAAAAUGCCCCAAAUGAACAUUUCGACACACCUGAAAAUGGAGUCAGAGACAGCAUAACGGACAGUGACAGUUUCUGCACUGAUUCAUCCAUUGAAGAGGAAGCACAACAGUUCUCCAUAAAUGGUGAAUUUCAAGAUUCUGGGCAACACUGUGAAGCAGUUGAAGAAUUUAUUUUGCAGUCUUCAAAUAAUACUACAGAACUGAACAAUGAUGAUAAGGCUGAGCCUCUUGAGUCCAGACAUGACCCAGUAACAGAGGAGGAGUCCCAUGUAGCAUCAACUGAAAAAGAGGCAGAAGGUGCAGAGAUGUCAGAGAAAGGAGUGUGUUUAGAGGAGCAGGUUUCACAUCAAAUAUCCAAAGACCAAAGCUCUCAGUUAGAUUCAGAAGAAAGUGGAACUUUGAACGAAGAGAAACGGCUAGAUCAACCAGAGUUGACAUGUGUUAGACCAGAUUCAGUUCCUCCUGCCAAACCACAAACGUGCCGUGAAGCAUUAUUUGAAGAUCAGGUAGCCUCAAAAUCACAGUUUCCCGAACUCCAUCCAGACUCACUGGGCCUUGAGCACUUUAUGCGUGAGAUGGGCCUCAUUUUCGAGCUAACACAUGUUAGUCCUGGCAGUGGGAAUCAGAAUGUGCUGGGUUUGCCCAGCUUAGCUACAGACCUUCUUCUCUACGGGGUUCCACUUGAACUGAUGGAUGGAAAUGCCUCAAAUAUCCCUAUGUGCUGGCUAGGCUGUGUCUUUGCAGAGCUCAAACGCCGCCUACCUCAAGAGGAGUUGAGAACACGAGUGCUUACAAACCUUGGUGUAUAUCAUGCCAGGAAUGCUGAGGUUCUAUCAGCAGUGUUUGGUGUCAAAUUCCCAGAGAGGAGGGGGGGGGUGAAUAAAGGAGUGCACAUGGUCGCCCUGCGGCUCCCUGAUGAUCUUAGAAAGGAAUUGGAAUGUGAUUUUCUGUUGCUAAUUGAUGUGGAAGGCCUCUGUUCAGUCCCAGCAGACAACAGCAAAAACACAUUGACCCAUGACAAUGAGAUGGCCACUUUUGCAGCUGGGCUGAGUGAUGUUUUAAUGCACAACAUUUCUCCAUUUAGUGAUGAGUUUGAGACUAUCUUCACUGUGACAGUCAAUGCUCUCCUUCGCACCAAAGAACGUGGUUCUCUGCCCAUUUGCCAACUCCUGAUCCAGGACGAAGGAAUAAACAGCAUAUUGCAAGCCUCACAGUUAAGGCAUGUUUCCAAAAUGCUACAAACUGCAACUGAGGAAAGAGGAAAUGUUGAUAACCAUUACCUAAAGACAACAACCUGUACCACCUGUGUCAAAGGCCCUUGGUCCAUCAUGUCCCUCUAUGAACCAGUUGAUGCACAGUACAGUGAGAGUGUGUUAAAGCUUAAGGGAAAUCUGUUUGGAGCACUGAAAAUGUGCGCAGACAAGUCCAAAUCCUUGGAUCUGCCAGAAUUUAUGGGACGCCUUUGUGCAGUGUGGGAUGCAGUGAAAUCAGAUUCAUUUUCCAUAGGUUUGCAAAAUACAGAGAUUGCUUUAGCAUUUUCUUUACUAUGCACAGAGUUUUCUAAGUGGGAGGGAAUUUUCCUGGAAAGCAUUGAAAGCUGGCUAAAAAGAGCAUCAGACAAAAUUUUUGAAACAAAGGCCAAAGCUUUGCACAACUCUGACCAAAGUGAUCUUCUGAUUGAGUUAAAGAAAGAAGCCCAGGAGGAAGUCAAAUUAGAAGUGAAAAAAGUGAUAUCAAAAGGAGAGGCCUAUCUGGUGAGAGAUGACCUUCAUAAAAUAAAUGUGCAAACAUUUAGGCCAAUCCUAAUGCGCAACAUAGAUAACCUUGCGAAUCGAGUCACAGAGGAGCUCAUACAAAAGUUGGACAUAAUCAAUGAAAGCCAUUGUUCUCUCGCACAACUUAAAAAUUUUGAGAACUUGCUGGAAGAAAAACAAGAGUCAAAGUUACUUGCGUUAGUGCAGACAAGCAAAGCAACAAAAAUUCUCCUUCAAGAUGCUGAGCUAGAAGAGGAGUUUGAGGAUGUGUGGAGUAAGACGUUGUCCAACUUUGACUUCAGGCCUUCAGAAACAGAUGAUAUUACGUCAAGAGUGAGAGACGUUCUGAUUCAAAAUCUAACCAGCCGUGGCCUCCUGAAACACAUGAAAAAACUUGAUUCCUUUGGGCAAAUCCAGACUUCCAGCUUCCAAGUUGCAGAUGAGUAUUUUGGAUACCGCAGCAGAUUAAAACACAUGUUUGAAGACAACAACAAACAACAGAGAUUAGAAGCCCAGCAGGUAGCAUCCAAAAUGAUAGAUGAAUACAAUCAGUUUGUAAAAGAUAAAAGUAGCUUGACAGCUGAUUUCUCUGACAGCUACAUUGUAGAACUGCUGGAAAAGAUUGAAAAAGCUGUGAAAGAAAAGUCCAUGGAAAUCAGAACAGCUUUUGAAGUGGAUCUGAAAAUCUACCUCUGUAAUGCUGCAUGCCAAGACUUCCAAAAAUUACAUAACCGCUUCGCCAAGGACAGAGAACUUUUGGCAUGUAUUUCUGCCUCCAAGAUUAAAUACUUGGCACAGUUUAUCUACCAGUUCAGGAAGAGGGACCAGUGCCAGAGGGUGGCCCAAGCAUUCACCUUUUUGGUGAUCAAACCUACAGUGUUGGACUACAUCAACAGUCGAUUGGGGUUACACAUUGUAGAAGACAUAAAAAAUCAAGUCAAGCAGUUUCAGUCACCACAAGCCUUCCAAAAGAGUUUACUGGAAGAACUGAUUAAUGAAGAUUGCUUUGAAAGCUUUGUGAAAUAUUUAUUGUCCUAUGAUGACUUCAGAGUGAGGAAAAUCCAGGAGACAGUGGUGGCUCACCUCUCUGAAUCAAGCAGCUUAGGCAAAUGGAGGCAACAGGGACUCGGAGAAAUUAUAGGAAAGAUUGCAGCAGCUGUGAGCCAAAUAACUGAAGGUACCAAUGGGGUGCUCAGUGAUACAAAGCCUCUGCUGGAGACAGUGUGCCUAAUUUUAAAGAGAGAUGCUGAUGUUGAAGUCAACAAAGCCUUGCUAAAUGGACCUUUCUUCAGUAUAACAACAGAAUGGCAUUGUUUUGUUAAAUGUUUAAUGGAGUUACUUGCUACACUGCGACUGGAACUUGUCCAAGAGUUCUCUCAAGAUGCUGAUAUUUCCCAGAUUCUCUACUGCCUUCCAGUUCAACCCCAAGACUACCUCUUACUUAGAGUGAGCGGCUGCAACAAGCGAUGCCCUCUAUGCAGAGCCCCCUGUGAGGAAGAAGAACCUGACCAUGAGAUUCACAAGGCUUUGCUCCAUCGUCCUAAAGGCACCCUGCCAUAUGGCUCCCAUUCACCUUCCCAUACAAGUUUCCCAGAUAGUAUGAACCAAGGUAAAAACAACAAUGCACAGGAUAUAUCUGUGACAUGCAAAGACCUCAAUUCUCUACAUCCAGACUGGAGCAGCUUCUCUGAUGAUCCAGACAGCCAGAAGGGGGGUGAUUACUGGAGAUAUGUCUUGGUGAGGUUCAAUGAGAGGUUUGCAGAGGAAUUCCAGCAUGAGCCAGAAAAGAUUCCCCAGGAGUGGAAAGAGAUCACUCAAGAGAAGGCCUUGGACAGCCUGAGGGAGGUCUUCCCCACCAAAGAGUCUUGCUAAAAUGCUGCAUUAAAUUCAACGCAGUAUCUAACUUUUUUAUUCAACAUGUUGAUUGCCUGCAUUUCCGGGUCACGGAAAACUUAAAGUGUUCAGUUCUGAAUUUAUUUAACGUGUAUUUGACAAUUUUUUGUAUCAUGUAUUAGGUUCAGGUCAAAAUAUACAAAACUACUUUUCUGUAGGGUUGCUGAUUAUGUUAGCUUAUAUUCUUUUGUAAUGUUUUUCUAGUCUCUUUUUAUUAUUUACUUCAUAUGAUUCUUUAUGUAUGAACCAUAUUUUAAAUAUCUAAUGUUUUCACCAAAGGCAAGAUGCAUCAACAAAGAUAAAAAAAAAAACACAUUUGAAUGAAUAUGCAUCUUGUGUAUAGCAUUUAAAAUGCAGACGAUGAAGACAACAUA